AUGGCCAACAUCGAUCCCGUAAAUGAGCCAUAUGACGACAAUUUGUAUUUUGAUCCCUCGGUUUUGGAUCAAAAUGAAUAUGAAGAUUUCUCUCACUUUUUCCAAGUUGAUAUUGUGUUCGGCAGUAGGGAAGAAUUAAUCAACUGGGCGAAAGAAACUGCAGUUAGUCAUUGUCACCGUUUGAUUUGUCAGUCUAGAAGGGAGAAUGCACAGUACAUGACGUGUGACAAAUACGGACAUGGCCGACAAACGAAUAUCGAUAUGGAAGAUCCUAGAAACACAGGAACAAAAAAAUGUGGUUGUCCGUUCAAAUUGAUUGGCAAAAGGUCAAGGUUUGAUGAAUUAUGGCGGUUGACUGUCAGCGAUGGCAGGCAUAGUCAUCGUCCGGCUUUGUUUCCUCACGGACAAGGUACGACUAGUCGUAUAACUCCACAACAGAAAGCAAGAAUUAAAGAAUUGCGAAAUUCUCACGUGAAGCCAAUGUUGAUCAUGGAUAGACUGAGGAAAGAUGAUCCGACGAUACAAACCUCUAUGAAGCAUGUUUACAAUGAGUUGGCCAAGAUUAAAUCUGAGGAAAUUGAGGGCAUGACUGUUAUUCAGUUUAUGAUGCAUAACUUUCAAAAAGGCGAGUAUCGAUAUUGGCAUCGCGUCGAUAGUGAAACGAGCAACACGAUUACAGAUAUUAUGUUUGCAUGUCCCGAAUCUAUUAAGUUAUUACGGCUGUUCCCGUAUGUUAUAUUGAUGGACUGCACAUACAAAACAAAUAAGUAUGGAAUGCCUCUUUUGGAAAUAAUUGGGAUAACUCCAGUUGGGAGGAAUUUUACAAUUGCUGUUGCAUUUAUGUCGCAUGAAGAUGCAGACACUUACGAGUGGACUUUGAAUUGUUUGAAAGAGUUGCUGGAUGGUGUCGAACCUGAUGCGAUCUUGACAGACAGGGAAAAUGUUGAGGCAAAUGCGACGAAAUUUAUGGGAGGCAACAAGGACCAAGGUCUAAUAUUCCGACGUGUGCUGUGGGCUAAGCUGGUGAAAUCAGAAACCGAAGAAGAGUAUCAUUACAAUUACAAUGAAAUUGUUGGACGGUAUGCACGGUAUCCUAGGCUGAUACAAUAUUUGAAUGAUACGUGGUUGAUAUACAAGGAGAAGUUUGUUCGAGCCUAUACUCGCAAUGUGUAUCAUUUUGGCAACACGAGCACCAACAGGGUGGAGAGUGCUCAUUCUUCAGCGAAGGGUUGGUUAAAUGCUUUGACCGGAGGUCUGGAUAGCGUGCAAGGCAAACUUCGGGACCAAGUUUAUAUCCAAAUUAGUGAGCUGAAGUGCGAUUUUUCAUUAUCAUCCAAGAUAAGGAAGCAUACUGCAACAUGGCCGUGUUUUCGGGGUUUGAUUUGUUAUGUUACGCAUCUGGCAUUAGAGAAAUUGGAUGAAGAGAUGGAGUCCCCGGCGAUGCAAGAUCCGAGUAUUUGCACACACUAUCUUUGGAAUACUCAUGGGCUCCCAUGCGCGUGCAAAAUUGUGCAGAAAAUGGAAGAUAAUGACAAGUUCGUCAUUUCAGACUUGCAUCCAUUCUGGAGUACCAUGGCAGUUGAGCCUUCGGAGCUACCUGAGUAUCAAGUAAACCGCGAGGAGAUUGUGGAUAGACAGAUUGAUGACCUGAAUUGCAAUUUGAAGAAGAUGAAUUACAUGAGUAAGAUAAAUGCCGUGGCCUCAUUGCGUGGCAUCGUUUAUCCGUCUACGUCGCAUCUGUCCGAGCCAUCAUUUGUUAAGACCAAAGGACGACCAAAGAAUAACUCGACAAAGAGAGACCCUUCUGGAUGGCAGUAUCAUAUUGAUGAUGAGACAAUUAAGUCGUCUUGUGGUUCCAAGGGUCGCCAAACCUCAUCUGGUGCAAAGAUUCCUAAAACAAAGGUUGAGAGAAGCACUGAUGGAACGCCUCAAUCGAAGAUGAAAGGUCGUGGUUCUCGUAUUCCCACACAAGAAUCUGCUACCCCUACAAUACCUGCACAUGAAGGAAUCAACUUUUAUUCUUUCGUGCCCAGAUUUAUGGUCCGUCUUAUUCAAGAUUAUGUUAACGUGAUGGCGGAUGGCAACUGUGGGUACCGGUGCGUUGCUCAAGCCGUGUACGGGGAUCAAGAAAGAUGGCCGCAAGUGAGAGGGGAGUUGCUUAUUGAGUUAUACGAGCAUGCUAGUGUCUACACGGCGAUGUUUGGCAGUACCGGAUACGUUGAGGUCAUACGCAAGUGUGACUGGACCUCAGAACCUUGUCUACAAGCUUAUUGGAUGGACAUGAGUGAAAUGGGAUUGGCCAUUGCUACCUGA